AUGGAACGCCCUAAAUUGGGCGAAGUGAACUUCCAGUUGGAUGUGGGAAAUUCCAUGAAAGAUGCUGAUCAAGAUAAACUUAAAUUGAUUGCUAGCAAGGUGAAUGGAAAUUAUGAAGAUAUAAAAAAUGAGAGUAAUCUAAAGGAUGUACUAAUUGGGUUGAAUUAUCACAAGAAAAAUGUAACUAAUUUGAGUGUGCUUUCACAAGUAAAAGAUGCAACAAUCGAUUUUGUGAAUAGUUUAAAAGAUGAUUUAACCAAAUAUGUAGUACAUGAGAAAAACGAGUUCAAAGAAGCAUAUGCUAAAAGUAUAAAAUUAAAAGGGAGUAAAAUUUUAGGUAGCUAUAAGAACAAUAUGAUGUUAAAUAAUUAUACGAAUAUAGAUAUUGGAUUUGAAUAUGAUUUGAAUACCAAGUUAGGAAAGAAAUGUAAAUAUAGAAAUCUCCCUCAUUAUCAUAAUAUGUUUAUUAUUUUGAUAAAGAAUUUUUUUUUGGAAAAAAAUUUUGUACAUAAUUUAAACGCACAAAAUUUAUCACAUACUAUCGACAUAUGCAUUAGUGUAAAUACAUGGUUAAAUAAUUCCAAGUCUAUACUAGUCCUCAGUGUGCAUAAAAAGAAAAAACACAUUGGAAGCAUUCAGAUAAUUCUUUUUCCUUCAAAAAAGCUUAAUACAAGUUUGAUGAAUACUUAUAGAAAAUAUUAUAAUCUUCUCUCCAUUGAAGAAAACAGAAAAAUAGAUGAAAAAACAAUUCGUAAGGAUAGUAUGAAUGUUAAUCUUGUUAAAGAUAAAAAAAAAAAAAACGGAUCUUCAACUUUGUUCAUAUCAAACAUGGAUAAAAGUGUUAAAAAAAAUGAACCGAAAAUUGUUCAAAAGGAUAGUGCUACUUUUGAUGAAGGAGUGUCUGCCCAAUUGGAUCCAAGUGGUAAAGGCGAAGAGAGUGAUGAAGAUAAGUUAAGACAAAAGAUUAAAACAAUAUGUACAAAACGAACAAUUUUGAAGAAAUUUAUCUUAACGGAAUGUCAUCUAAUCGAGUGUGAUCAUGUGAUAAAAAGAAGCAUUUCCACCUUUCCUGGGUUUAAGAAAGCUGUUAAAUUGCUAAAGUUGUGGUGCAUAAAUAAGAGAAUGUUACAAACUUUUUCUACCUGUGAUGAAAAGAAUUUUGUAAAAUUUAAGCAUGGAGAAAAGUAUAAAUUUGGAAACAUUUUCUACCAUAUGGAUAUUAAUUCAUUUGUCCUUGGCUUGUUAUGCAGCUAUGUGUGUUAUAUGUUCGAACUCAAGAUGUAUGAUUUUUUCCAAAUUUUUAAAAAAACUAUAAAUUUUCUGAGUACUAUGAAUUUGUGUGAAUACAUGUAUGAGUACCAAAACGGGGUGUUUUCUAAUUCGAAGCGGAGCAAUAAUGAGACAACAAAAUCACUGUUACCAUCACAAGAAGGUUUACACAUUUUUUUGUUCAAUUCGAAUUAUGACGUGUUUCAAUCAACAUUUUAUUCACUUACAGAACUUAUUGAAGAAGCAAAAAAAGCAGAUUAUGCCUUGAAAUGUGGAAAUUUUUACGAUUUGUUUGCAUCUAACAUUGAUUGUUUUUCCAUGAACUAUGAAGAAGAGCUGUUUUUUCCAUUUCUCGUGAAUAACCAUUUUCACAAUUAUAACAAAAUCCUAGGGAAUAUUAGACGCAAUUUGAUCAUUGGUUUGGCAGACAGAUUAGGGGAGGUGGCCGUGCGUCUUGCGUCCUUUGAUUUUUACCAAAUUGGAGGAGCUAGCCAAAAUGGAGAAGCUAGCAAAAUUGGAGAAAUUAAUCCAGUGAGGUUGGGGGAGGGAGGGGCGAAAGAAAGAGCUGAAGAUGAUCCAUUGAAUCAGGUGAACCAGGUGAUUCAGAUAAACAAGCCGAAUCAGAUGAACCAACUGAAUGAAGAGUUACAUACAAACAGCACUAACGGUACACAGCAGAACAAUCUCACAGGGAAGCUCUUCCAAGAUGUGCUUAUAACAUGCAAGAGAUCAGAUGACAAAGGGAAGGGUGAAUUAGAAAGUGGGGAAAAUGGUACAGAGGAAAAAAAAAGGAUACUGGCGAAGAGAAGAAUAACAGGAGUAAUGUUUUUCUUGAAGACGAAUAAUGUUAUGCGAUACAUGGAUGUUUCAAAAAAUAUAUUCAACCCAGAGGGCACAUCUAAAUUUAAGCAAUUUUGGAAAGACAAGGUAAACAUUAGGAGAUUCGAAAACAACACAAUAUUUGAAGUUAUCAUGUGGAAGAAGCCUGCCAAGAAGUUGCGAAGGGAGAACUUGAACAAGCAGAUGCAAGAGAAGACGAGGUCACUAGGGUACAAUCUAAGAUAUGGAAGCGAUGAGACCGAACAGAUAGACAACACUGGAAAUGCUUUUUUCGAUGCACUAUUCAGUGAAUUGUAUGAAAGCAGAAGUAAGUCAGUGCAUUCUCAAGCCAUCAGAGCCAUCCUGAAAAUGAUGAAAUUCAAGGAAGAAACGGAUUUACGAGAGGCUCUUAAAAAAAAAAUUGAAUGUCUAAAAAUGGAUGAAAAUUCCCAUUUGUGUAGUGGAAAAAGAAUAAAAAGUAAAAGUUUCUUUGUACAUUUAUCAAGCCCCCUACUAGUAAAAGAUAUACACUUUAGCUAUUAUGAAAAGAUAUUGGAUUUAUAUAAUGACAUAAAGAAUAUCCUUUACAGCAUAAAUGAGAAAAUAUUCAACAUUUGUAAUGUGAGUAGUUCAAAUGAGUUACUAAAAAUGACAGAUCUUGGAUAUAAAAAAAAUAAUAAAAAAAUGAUUGACAUUGUUGUGGAUAUAAAAUUUAAUAAUGUGAAUUAUAAGAAUGCACAAAAUUUUUUUCGAAUUUAUGAAAUUGCAAAAGGAGUAAUUGCAAAUAGAAUAACAAAAGAUGGAAAAUCCUUCGCAACAAAAGUAGAAAAUAAAAACUUUUGCAUAGAUGUCAUAUGCAAAUUGGUUGUGUUCAGAUUACAAAUUUUUUUCAGUAAAAUGGUAGAAAAAAAUCUAAUCCAGAUAACCAACCUAGACGAUUUAAAAAUUGAGCAUGUUGAAUAUAUGCCUAAAUUAAGAAAUUGUAUAUUUAAACCAUUGAUUUCCUCUUUUAUAUAUUACUAUGCUACAAAAUUUAGCUCCUUUCAUCUUUCUGUUAAAAUUUGCAAAUUGUGGUGUGCAUCCAAAGGUAUAUGUUCCUAUGAUGAGUUAGUUGAAAAUGUUCUUUUUUACCUGUACACACAAGAGUUUAAAAAACACGCCAAGAAAAAUUACUUUUAUGAACAGAACCAUGCCUCCCCUGGGAGUAACAACCAUCAAGAGAAAUUUCUACGUUUGUAUCGUCUUCACCAGAAGAUUGUUUCUGCAGAGAUAGUAGAAGAACGGAUGUACUAUAACUCCUUAUGCAGUAGGAAAAAGUUGACCAGCAAAGAGACAAGCGAUGGGUAUGGUAGCGAUGAUUACAGAACAGAAGAUGAUGAACCUCUUGUUAGCACAACACAACAACACAAGGUAACAUCUGAUAUUAAGAAAGUAGAACCAAAAGGAAGUUACCCAAAUAAGAAUAAAAAAGGAACGAAUAGCGGACAGUUGACAAAGUCUAAAAAGGAUGAUUCAUCUUUGUUUGGGAGUGGAAGAAAUGACAUAUUAGCAGAAUCAGAUGUACUACCAUACGAUGCAGACGAAUUUUUAGAUUCUUUUUCCAUAUGCCCGAAAACAGCAUUAAUAAAAUUUUUAACAUUCAUUGUUAAUCACGAUUGGAUUAAUAAACCAUUGAUUAUUGAUUAUGACAAUUGCUUAAGUGAAGAACAUAAAGUAAAGUUAAUAAAUUCAUUUUACACAAGGAAAAAGAACAAAGAUGAAAAAAAAAAAUUUUGGAUUUGUUCAUUAUACGAUCCUCAUUGCAUAUUAAUAAGCUUACCACAUGAAAUGUUUGAAUUGAUUCUGAAUAUAGCUAAAAAUUCACUAGAAACUAUAAAAAAUUUGCAUAAUAAUUUUGAGAGAGAAAAUUGGAUUUCCUUAUUUCUUAUUGAGAAGAGAAGCUACGACAUCAUUUUGAAUUUCCAUCUGCCAGACAAAUCGUGCAGUAUGUAUAAAAGGAAGAUAAAACUUAUAAAUGUUAAAGGGAACAAUGGAAAACCCUGCUCAAUGGAAUUACAAGCCGAAGAUGCAUCGGAGGCAGUGCAGGGAGCUGCAGAAAAUGCAGGUUCUACCACUUGUAGCAAGAAGAAAGCUGACAAGAAAGAUGAACAGCUAAAGAAGAAGCAGCAAAAGAAGGAACAACAGGCGAAGGGUCAGCAAAAAAAAGAAGAAGAAAUAUCCGAAGAUGUAAGAGAGAAUGAAAAUAUAUCUGAUGGGAAAAAAGUUUCAACAGAAAACAUUACAAAUCCGCUUAACCAGAUGCACACAAUGGACGAAGAAUAUCACUUGGCAUACUUAGACGACGCUACGAAAAAAAAAAAAAUCAAAACCAUAGAUAUGUUGAAAAAUUUGAAAAAAUACGAACUGUUACUUGUUUAUAGAACCCACUUUGAAAAUUUCAUAAAAAAUGUAGAAUCCAAGUUUUCAUGCCAAAUAACGGUCCUAUAUAACCCCGUAUGUUUUAACGAAAUUGUGGAUGUACAUACAUUUCGAAAAAAAAUUAAGCGCAAACUUUUGAAGGCACAUAAUCCAUACGAAAAAGUCAGCAUGUCAUGGACACCUAAUGUCUUCAUUACUUUCAAUCCAUCCUUUAUACAAAAUAUUCAGAAUCAGCUCACCGAUCAUAAUACUACAUCACUACCAACCGCAUCUACAACGGCGGUAGCAACAUCUACAUGCACAGGAGAACCUCCUAGUGAUUCUCAAAUGAAUCCAUCUAAAGCAGAUUCUUCUUCUUCCCUUUCUCUCAACAAUUUUAACGCUUUAAUAUUCUAUAUAAGGAAUAACGCUCGAGAUUUACUGCGAGCGGUUCAGUUCCCGACAGUGUGA